AUGUCUCAAUACUCUGCAAUUCAUCCAAUAAAAGACCAUCGACGUGGUAGCCAGCUCGAUCCUGCGAACGAGGCCAUCGUUACAGGGGAUACCAACCAGCUGAAGCGCGGUCUUCAUGGCCGUCACAUGCAAAUGAUCGCCAUCGGGGGAGCGAUUGGCGCUGGUCUUUUCGUCGGAAGUGCCAAUGCACUUUCCCAGGGUGGGCCCGCGAGUCUUUUGCCUUGCUUCAUGAUCAUUGGAGUCAUGAUGCAGCUCAUGAUGCAAGCAUUGGCCGAACUUGCUGUCAUGUAUCCGGUGAACGGCGCCUUUUAUCAGUACAUCGUUCGAUUCGUCGACCCAGCUUGGGGAUUUGCGAUUGGCUGGGACUACACCAUUCAGUGGCUGACAAUCCUCCCAUUCGAGAUUACAGCCGCCGGUAUCACAAUUGACUACUGGAAACACUACAACAUUGGGAUCUGGAUCGCAGACUUCCUCACCAUCCUUGCCAUAAUCCAGAUCUUCGGAGUCCGCGGCUAUGGCGAAGUCGAGUUCGUCCUCAGCAUGAUCAAGAUCGCCGCCUGCACCGGCUUCAUCCUCUUCGGCAUCAUCGUCAACUGCGGCGGCGUCCCAAGCGACGACCCGGGGCUACAUCGGCGGACGGGCUUCUGCUCUGUCUUCGUCACCGCGUCGUUUGCAUUCGGCGGCACCGAACUGACAGGACUGGCGGCAGCCGAAGCAGUAGACCCCAAGAAGGAGAUCCCGAAAGCCACCAAGCAAGUGUUCUGGCGGCUAACGUUCUUCUACAUUGUGAACCUGUUUAUCCUCGGCCUCAUAGUGCCGUCGAGUUCCAACGUACUGCUCGGUUCGAAGGGCGCUAACACCAAGGCGUCGCCGUUUGUGCUCGCUAUCCAGAUGGCUGGCGUGAAAGGUCUACCGUCCGUCUUCAACGCCGUGAUCACGGUCGCCGUCAUCUCGGUCGCGAACUUGGCAACCUACGCGUCCACCAGAACCCUCCAAGCGAUGGCCGCCAACGGCAUGGCUCCAAAGCUACUCGCCUACGUCGACAGCAAGGGCCGACCGAUGCCCACUGUUAUCCUGCAGCUGCUCUUCGGCCUCCUUGCGUUCAUCAACGAAGCGUCUGAGACCGGCGGCGUCAUCUUCGGCUGGCUGCUUGCCCUCAGCGGGAUCGCUAACUUCUUCGGCCACGCAAUCGAGGAGCUGCCGUACCGCGCCAUGUUCGGCGUCUGGGGGAGCUGGAUCGGCGUCUUUCUGGACUUCAUCUGCCUGGCAGCGCAGAUGUCGCUCUCUGGGUACCUCAUCGGUAGCAAGCCCGACGCUGAAAACUUCUUCAGCGCCUACAUCGCUCUCCCGCUCAUCUUCUUCUUCUACUUCAGGAAGGCGUACUCCUGGAAGAAAUACCCCUCGCACCGCAAGCUCUAUCCCUAUCAAGGAGAUCGACGUUCUUACUGGCAUGCGCGAGGAGCAGAAAGUGCUUUCUGGUAUCGGCAUUGA